CCCCUGUAUGCACUUCAUCACACUCACACACAGAGAGAUACAUAGAGAUCAAAGAUGGGUGCAGCCACAGUAGCAAUCCCCGAAGUGGUUCUAGAAUCAUCGAAUGGGCAACGCAGAAUCCCAGUGAUUGGGCUGGGCACUGCCCCUGAAGCCAGCAGCAAGGUGUCGACGAAAGACGCUGUUGUUGAGGCCAUUAAGCAAGGCUACAGGCACUUCGAUGCCGCCUCUGCUUACGGCGUUGAGCAGUCCGUCGGAGAAGCCAUCCAAGAAGCUCUCCAACUUGGACUCAUUUCUUCCCGGGAUCAACUCUUCAUCACCACCAAAAUCUGGGUCACUGACAACCACCCUCACCUCAUUCUCCCUGCUCUCCAGAAAUCACUCAAGACACUUCAACUGGACUACUUGGACCUGUAUCUGAUCCACUGGCCCAUAUCAGCAAAACCAGGAAAGGUGACAUAUCCCAUUGAGCAGUCGGAGCUGGUGCCAUUUGACAUGGAGGGUGUCUGGAAAUCCAUGGAGGAAUGCCAGAGACUGGGCCUCACUAAAGCCAUUGGAGUCAGCAACUUCUCCAUCAAGAAACUCCAGAAGCUUCUCUCCUUUGCCACCAUCCCCCCCGCAGUGAACCAGGUGGAAGUCAACCUUGCCUUCCAGCAACACAAGCUGAGGGAAUUCUGCAAGUCCAAAGGCAUCACCGUAACUGCCUUCUCUCCUCUGAGGAAAGGUGCAAGCAGGGGAACCAACAUGGUGAUGGACAACGACGUUCUCAAGGAACUGGCUGACGCUCAUGGCAAGACUGUUGCUCAGAUCUGUCUGCGAUGGAUCUACGAGCAAGGCUUGACGGUUGUGGCUAAGAGCUAUGACAAGGAGAGAAUGAAGCAGAACCUGGAGAUCUUCGAUUGGUGUUUGACGGACGAAGAUUACAAGAAAAUUAGUGAAAUCCAUCAAGAUAGACUCAUCAAGGGACCCACCAAGCCUCUUCUCCAUGAUCUCUGGGACGAAGACGAUCAUCAGUAAUUAAUAAUGCUAAUUAGUAAUUAAUGCUAUGCUCUCUAAAUAAAUUAUCUAUCAUGGAUAUGUAAUAUCUACACCCUAAUUAAAUUUCCUUCUCAACUGCAUUUGUCUUCGUUUUAUAGGUCUUUUAUUAUACAUGAGAAUGCAUGAGUUAUUGUACUUACAUAUAAUUCUACUGUACUUUUAUGUGUUUC